AUGUCUCUUUCACCAUUCCUCCGCUCUCCGUUCACGGACUUGACGGGAGGUAUUCACUCCCAUCAAAUGCUGGGUCGUUGCCAGAAGGAGGAGAGUCGUUACAUGGAGUGCUUGGAGGCCUACGGUCUUGAGCGCGGAAAGGUCAAAUGCGCACAUUUGUUUGAUGACUUCCAUGAAUGCCAGACCUCGAUGAAGCAGUACAAACGAUUCGUGAUGUUAGGUCGUUGCCAGAGGGAGGAGAUGGCAAUGAUGGACUGCUUGGAGGCGUAUGGGUUGGACCGAGGCCUAGUGAAAUGUAACUAUUUGGUCGAUGAUUUCCGCGAGUGCCACACCAAUAUGAAACAGUUCAAAAGAUUUUACCAACACGGUGUGAUGCAAAUGAAUAAGACGUCCGUCAGACAUAUCCAGCUCCCGGCAUAUUAUCGCCUCAUCAGGGACAAACAUCAAUACAUUAUGCAUACUCGGCAAGCGCUCGCUGUCGGCAAAGGUACUGAGAGAUUACCUGAUAGUUUUCGGCGUCGCCCAUUAACACCCUCAACACCAACACAAGAGGAAUCAGUAGAUAAAGAUUGGGCAUCUGGUAACCUCACUUACAAGGCGAAAUACAACGCUAUAAAACACAGUAUUAUAGAACCUUGGAGUGAAUUCGAAGAAAUUGCAGUAACUCCUCAGGUUAACUACACGCUAUGGAGUACGGAACUCAAGGAGGGAUCACCUAUAAUGUGGCGGAGAGGUGAAACGUUUCCACGGCAUGACGUAGUUCAAGUAAAUAAAACGUAUGAAAUCAAAAAGGACUUCCAUCCUAAUGAGGACCCUUCGGUUCUUGAUGGCAGGUUUACGUGGAACACGAAUGGAGAUGCUGACGUAUGCUUCGACGUUGUGAACUCUUGCGAGAAGUCCCACUUGGUACACAAAAAAGUUUGGCCCAACAACAGUAAAGAGCCGUAUGUGGUGUUUGACAAGCUGCCUGUGGAAGAUGAUUGCAUCAUACAUGUUAUAGGCUUGUACGGAACCACUAAAUUGACAUAUCGAACGCCCUCCUGCUAUCAGGACAACUGUGUGCCUCCUGAGAUCGAGCCAGAAAUGCCAGGCAACAUCACAAUAGCAGCGAUAGAAGACUUGUUCGACAGCUGGGAGGUGCACGUGAGCUGGGCCAAGCCAGAUCUUCUCCCUGACUCCUACCGCGUGACCCUGAUCAUCGACGGCGAGGAAACUCAGAUACUCACAUUACCUGGGGAUGCGACAGAAACGGUGUUUAGAAACGUUACAAGUAACAAGAAGUGGGGGUUUUUCAACGUGGAAAUCAAGUCUAAGCUGGGCAACAAGACAGCCACCACCAGCAGGGCAGCACAGUUCCUUGACACUGCGGAGGACGCGGCGCGCGACGAGGAUCAGGCGGGCGGGGCGGGCGUCGCGGCCGUGGGCGCGGGCUGCGCUGCGGCCGCCGCGCUGGCGCUGCUCUGCCGCUGUCGCCGUCGCAGGGACCACUUGCCUGUGCCGUCUUACAAACCGGACGACAAACCUUUGAAAGAAGGCGACACAGAUGUGCUAGAAGUAUGGAGCGAGACAGAAGACCGGUGGGAAGUGCGGGCAGACAAGCUCGUGUUACACGAAGUCAUUGGAGAAGGAGCAUUCGGUGUCGUACGCAGGGCCACGCUCGCGCCGCACUCCUUGCUCGUCGCUGUUAAAAUGCUUAAAGGAAAUCAGAUCAUUUCGUUCAGAGAUGGAGCUGAUGAAGAGCGUGGGCGUGCACCCGCACCUUGUGAGCUUGGUCGGUUGUUGCACCGGGAGGAGGCCGCUCAUUAUUGCGGAGUACUGCAGUCGGGGGGACUUGCUCAGUUACUUAAGGUACGAGGACCGUUCUUCGAUAUUAGAUGGAGAUUAUCCAUAGGUUAG